AUGGCUCCCAAGCGCUCUUCGUCGUCGACGCCAUCGACGCCCAGCAAGAAGCGCAAGGAUGCCGCCGGAGCUCAACCGUCCCUGGCUUCCUUCCUCGCCUCUCCGUCUAAGGCCAAGGCGGAUCGGGAGGGGCAGGAAACUGGCAACAAUGCCAACGGAUUGGCCAAAGAAAGCAAUGGCGCUCAUGGGCAAGAGGAUGAUGACGCCUUAUUUGCGCUGAAGCUCGCAGCGAGAGAGGCAGGCGUAUCCUUGGGUGAGAUGCGCAGGCGCUUUGGUCUACCGAGCCUACCGUCAGCAGCUGCAACUGCUCAGGUCAAGCCCAGUGAUCGCGUACCGGCUUCGAAACCACUGGAAACGAAGCUUCCUGUUCAUCCUCUCUUCCAGAAAUCCAAGCCUCGGAAUCAGGAGGCUGCCCGUGCUCGCUCGGCGGCUACGACGCCGCCGCCCGUGGAGGUUCGGGAUGCCCCCAUAGCGGGUCCCAGCACGCCCAAGAAGCCCUCCUUUGAUCUUCAUGCUCUAGAUGCCGACAUCAACGCCAUAGAUCUCACAGAAGAUGUGUUGCGCUUCGAUCCAGCCUCAGUCUCUACCUCUGGUUGGCCACGCUCGGCUAGCGGCGAUCCAACCACACCUUAUGCCCUUCUGUCCCACGCCUUCAUCACCAUCUCUUCCACCCGCUCUCGCCUCCUCAUCACGACAGUCCUCACGAAUGCGAUGCGGAUCAUCAAGGUACAUGACCGGUCUAGCCUUCUUGCCGCUAUAUACCUGGUCAGCAAUCACAUCGCCCCGAAUUAUGAUGACGUCCAGCUGGGGAUCGGCGGCUCGUUGGUGAACAAGGCGAUCAAGUCCGUGACGGGCAAGAGCGCAAAGACGCUGAAGAUUCUUUGGGACCAGACGGGUGAUCCAGGAGAUGUGGCCUUCGAGGCCAAGAAGGGAGUCGACCCUCUGGUCAAACCAAGCCCAAUCACAGUCCAGAAGCUCUUCUCAACCCUCCAUGCUAUUGCUGCUCUGGAAGGGUCCGGCUCAGUCAAUACCAAGCUCGGACAUGUCACGAAGCUCUUAGUGGCAUCGAGGGGAGAGGAAACACGGUGGCUUGUACGGACAUUCCAGUCCCAUCUCAGGAUCGGUGCCGUAAAGAAGACUUUGAGCGGAGCACUCGCAAGAUGCUUCAGUCUGAUUGAGACAGGAGAAGAGGGACCUGGAAAGACUCCGAACGAGGUGAUGGUUGGGGUCGAAGAGAGACAGGGCAUCCUUGCAAAUCCGUCAAAGCCUAAAGACCGGCAGGAUCCGAGACGUUUAUCCGUGAUAGCAAAGUUCGCCAAAGCAGAGAAGGUCGUGCGAGAGGUCUUCUCCCGACACCCGAACUUCACCUCUCUUCUCGAGGCACUGCUCCAUGAGCCUGCGUCAGAAGGCGGUCUCACCCAUCUUUCUGCUCUGGUCCCCCUUCGCAUAGGAACCCCAAUCUCACCCAUGUUGGGAUCGAUUACGCGUUCGCUCACCGAUGUGUACACCAAGCUCGGCGUCGGCACCCCAGCGCACAGAGCUUUUGUGUCCGAGUUCAAGUACGACGGACAACGUGUCCAGAUUCAUGCCAGAAGGGUCGCUGAGGCUGCUGUGGGCGAGGAUGGAAAGUUGGGCGAAGAAGCCAGAAGGGUGCGAAAGCAGGUCGAUCCACAAGGGAGGGGGAGAUGGAUGGGCCAAAGGGGCGAAUACUUCGUCAGACUCUUCUCCAGACACCUUGAGGACAUGAGCAGCAAAUAUCCAGACAUCAAUGACCUGGUCCCUUUAUUAAUGAGUCGAACGGCCUCUCCAGAAUAUCCGGGCGUGGAGCCCAUCCAAUCCUUCAUGAUCGACGCCGAGGUCGUGGCUAUCGGAGCCGACGAAUCAGAGCUUUUGCCAUUCCAGACCUUGUCGAACCGAAGCAGGAAGGAUGUGGACCUCUCCAAUGUCAAGGUCAAGGUCGGCCUCUUUGCCUUCGACCUGAUGUACCUCGACGGUCAGUCCCUCUUGAAAUCUUCAUUCAGAGUCAGGAGGAACCUACUGCAUACGAGGUUUCCACAUCUGUCACCAGAUAAUCCACUCAUUGCUCGCUUUGUGCAUGUCAAGUCUUGCGAGAGCAAUGAGCCGGAUGAGGUGGAGAAGUUCUUUGCAGAGGCGAGGGGUAGUCGUUGUGAGGGUAUUAUGGUCAAGACUUUGGAUCACCACUGGCAGCAAGCACCUUCGACGCCACCUUCCAAUGGACAUGGCAAGGAGUCUCCAGGAGACGACGCGGAAGUGAACGGCAAACGAGAUCGCGCAGAAGAGGUGGGCAAGCUAGAGCAGCUCGGUGAUGUUGUAGCCGAUGAUUUGACGAUGGAAGAGGACGACGAGGCCAUCCUCGACGCAGCCUCCAAGGACAAGGCUGGCGCGCCUGUCAAGAAGGGCAAGAAGGCCAAGCAAUCAGAAGAAGACGAGGAUGCUUCCAUCGGCAAGGGUGUCAGCGGACGUGGGAAAGCCCUCCUUUCCACGUAUGAGCCAGACAAGCGAUGCGAGAGUUGGCUCAAAGUGAAAAAGGACUACGUCGAUGGCAUGGGUGACAGUUUGGACCUAGUCCCCAUUGCAGCUUGGCACGGCAUGGGUCGCAAAGCCCAAUGGUGGUCUCCUGUCCUCCUAGCCGUAUACGACGAAGAUACUGGAGUGUACUCUGCAGUGUGCAAGUGCAUUUCGGGAUUCACCGACAAGGAGUACAUCGAUAUCAAGACUGUUCGCUUUCCGGAAAAUAACGACGAGGCUGAUUCGAGUUGCUAUUCUGCGCGAAGCCAGGUCUGUCGACACGAGUAUGAUACGGGCGGCUAUCAACCCGAUGUUUGGUUUGAACCACGUGAGGUAUGGGAAAUUAGAGGGGCGGAUAUCACGAUUAGCCCGGUGUAUCCUGCGGCUAGGGGAUUGGUUAAUGAGGAGAGGGGACUGAGCAUACGCUUUCCAAGAUUUAUGCAGAGGAGAAUGGACAAAGGACCCGAGCAGGCCAGUACGCCUGGUCAACUAGCAAAGUAA